GUGGGACGGCCGCCGGGUUUCUGCAGACAGAAGUGCAGUGGUAUACCUCUGGAUUAUCUGGUCCUCCUGGUGCUGGGAAAUCAACUUUCAUUGAAUGCUUUGGGAAAAUGCUUACAGAAAGAGGACACAAAGUAUCAGUGCUGGCUGUAGACCCCUCUUCUAGUACAAGUGGUGGUUCUUUACUGGGUGAUAAAACACGGAUGACUGAGUUGUCAAGAGACAUGAAUGCAUACAUCAGACCUUCUCCAACGAGAGGAACAUUAGGAGGUGUAACAAGGACUACAAAUGAAGCCAUUCUGCUGUGCGAAGGAGGAGGCUACGAUGUUGUUCUUGUGGAAACUGUAGGUGUGGGACAGUCAGAAUUUGCUGUGGCUGACAUGGUUGAUAUGUUUAUAUUAUUGCUGCCACCCGCGGGCGGUGAUGAAUUACAGGGUAUCAAGCGGGGUAUAAUUGAGAUGGCAGAUCUAGUUGCUGUAAAUAAAGCUGAUGGUGAUUUAAUUGUGCCCGCACGGAGAAUACAAGCUGAAUAUGUUAGUGCUAUGAAGCUGCUUCGCAAGCGUUCAAAGGUUUGGAGACCAAAGGUAAUGCGUAUCUCUGCCAAGACUGGAGAAGGGAUCUCAGAUAUGUGGGAUAAAAUGACAGAAUUUCGCGACCUCAUGCUCACAAGCGGUGAGCUGAUUGCCAAGCGACGGAAACAGCAGAAAGUGUGGAUGUGGAAUCUCAUCCAAGAAAAUAUGUUGGAACAUUUCCGGAGUCAUUUGGCAGUCAAAGAUAAGAUUCCACUUCUAGAAGAAAAAGUUCUUAGUGGUGUCUUGUCUCCCGGGCUGGCAGCCGACCUGCUGCUGAAAGCAUUCAAGGAUGGUAUCUAAUCAUUGUAUUCUGCUGUGUUCUUGCUGCUGAAGGCAUUCAAGGAUGGUCUCUAAUCAUUAUAUUCUACUGUGUUCUUGCUGAUUUCUUCAUGUAAACGUAAAUAUUAAAUUCAGUUUUUGUCUGUGUGAA